AUGCCCCCGAUAAACCAGAGGUUUCACACUCAGUACGCACACGAUCCACGACACCUAAAGGCUCUGGUACCCCACGAAGACUCAACAACAGUGGAUGAGCAUUUGGAGUACUACCAAGAUCCCUACCAGAGGGGCUAUGCUCAGCCGGAUGGUCAGAAGUUGCAGGUUUCUGAAAACAGACGAGAUGUGGAAUACCCGACGACAGAGGAAACCUUCAGGACCGAUGACGAAACGAGAAAGUUGAUCGCCAAGUUGUGCAAUGCUGUCUCGUACAAGCUGCGCCAUCCAUAUCGAACAACACUCGAGCCAAUAUACAACUUGUAUAUUCAAUUACCUCAACCGAGAAUGCUACACCUUACCUGGCAGUGGCGGAAUAGAUUACUCAAGGUUAUGGGAAUGCCACCAAAGCGAAACUCGGAGUCGAUGCUGCGUUACUUUGCGCUGGUCGCUGAUGUCAAAAGCGCAGGGUUGACGUUGCGAAGGGUGCAUUGGAACUAUGCUUUGGCAUUUGCUACAAGGUAUUCGUCUCGCGUGACAACAAACGAGAUGGAUGCGGCUCUGAGGCUGUGGAAGGAGAUGGAGCGAACGGCCAAUGUCAAGGGAAACGAAGUCACGUUCAACAUCCUCUUUGAUGUGGCUGCGAAAGCGGGAAACUUUGUCCUUGCCGACAUGAUUUAUAAAGAGAUGGAGAAUCGAGGGUUUCAGUACAACCGAUACCACCAUGUCAGUUUGAUACAUUAUUUCGGCCUAAAGAUGGACUCGAGCGCAAUUCGUGCCGCUUACACGAACAUGGUUGAGGCAGGCGAGAUGAUAGACACUGUUGUGCUCAACUGUGUAAUAUCUGGUCUUUUGCGAUGUGGCGAGGAGUCAGCAGCAGAGCUGACGUACCAAAGAAUGAAGGCCGGCCAUGAAAUGGCGCCCGAUAUCCCGGAUAGAGACUACGGGAUGGGUCGGGUCGUCACCAAAGUGCUGAUGAUGUUCACGAGGAUUGGCAAGAAGCACCCCGAGCUUCACAAGCCAUUGCAGAAACAGAUGCAGCUUUCGCCAAAUCUCCAUACCUACCAGCUCUUUGUUGAGCACUACUCGGUCAAAGUUGGGGAUUUGGCCAAGGUUGCACAAUACCUUGACGAAAUGAAGUUUCUCAACAUUCCGAUUCAUGCCACCAUCUUUCUGGCCUUAUUCAAGGGGUUUUACUCUCAUGGCGGCUUUAAUGGCUCUCAGUGGAGUGAGCAACGUCUAGAAGGAGUAUUGAAAGCCAUGUACCAGGCAAGAGAUGAAAACAUCAGAGGAUUUACCAUCGAUAGAUGGUUGGUCAUUUGGGCUCUGCGAGCAACCAAAAAGUGCUGCUCUGAUGAGGCAGUGGUCCAAGUGUACGAUGAGAUGGCGCAGCGCUGGGAUAUUCCUUCGGACCGACAUCCGUUUAUACAGUCGAUGCUACAGUGCAUUAUCGACGGCGUUGAUAUGAAAUCUCCGAUGGGUAAAUGGACUGGCCCAUCGUAUCGAAGAUAUAAAAAAGAUAGGACGAGAUUAUGA